UCUCGAACAACGCCUGAGAAGUUCUCCGCGCUUGACUGUUGAUCGUUGAUCAUCAUGGAGUCGCCGCAAAUGGGGGCAGUGCAGGAUCAGCCGGUCGUGGAAUCUAUUUCGAGUAACCAUGACGAUGUCAGUGAUGAAGAGUUGGCAAGCCUACCUCUAGACCAUCAGGCAACUUCCGUAGAUGCGUCGCGGAAGAGGAAGAGGGCCCUUUCUGUGUCUAAUCUGGGAAUGGAGCUCCUCGCAAGCAACGCAGGAUUCGUCUUUGAGCUGCUUCAAAACGCCGAGGAUAGUCACUUCACCAAGGCUAAACGGCAAGGAGAACACCCUUCCAUCGCUUUCCGGGUGUACCAUAAUCGCAUUGUAAUCGACUGCAACGAAGACGGUUUUACAUACAAGGAUGUCAAAGACCUUUGCAACGUCGCCGAAGGCUCCAAGACUGGGGAGCAGAGAUACAUUGGCGAAAGGAGCAUCCGCUUCAAGUCUGUAUUCAUGGCAUCGUCGAGAGUUUGCAUCCAGUCCGGUGACUGUUCGUUCUACCUCAAGAGCCACAGCGGGGAUUUGGGACUUGGAAAGAUCUCUCUAAUCUGGCGCCAGCCAAACAGUCUCUUGCCCCAACCCCUGACGAGGAUGACCUUGUUCCUCCACGACACUGGCGACCAGCGCGAAACAAUUCGAGAGCAGUUCAGGGAUCUGCGAUACAACAUCUUAUUCUUCAUGCGGAACUUGCGGGAGAUCGGGAUCUCUUUCUUCGGCGAGGAAGACGAAAUGCUGACGUCGACGGUAAUGUGUGCAAAGGAGACAGCUCCAAACCGGCUGACCUUGGAAAAGGUCACGAGAGAUGGUCAACCAAAGAUAACUACCGAAUUUUACCACGUCACCAGACACGUUUCGAGUAAUGACCUUGCAAAUAGCGAGACUGUAUCCUCCUUGGGACUCGAGGAGACAAUCGAGACACAUUCCGAGGUGGUGCUAGGUUUCCCUCUGACUGCCCGCUCAGUCCCCAUCGUUGAACCGGAGGAUAUCUCUGCAUCUCCACCUGUGAGGCACACGGGGUUACCAUUCCUGAUACUGGGCGAUUUCGGGACGCAAGGAAAUUGGCAGGAUAUUGUUACGACACCAGUGCGAUUCCAAGGCCUUCUCAUUGCCAUCAGCGAUGCAUUCAUCCAGGCUGUUCUACAGUUUUGCGAACACCCGACUCUUCAGUACACCUGGAUGAGAUUCCUUCCCAACAAAGACGGAUGUCCACCCGGCUCGUUUGGGCAAUGUCUGCUCAUAAUGAUUGGAGCCAAGUUGCGGGAUACUCCGGUGCUGCGGCCCCGAAGCGAAGGUCCCCUCCGAAUGAUCACGGAACUACGACUGCAUCAAAGAUCUCACCUCGAUCUCGAUGGCGAACCCCUGUUUCAGGAUCUAACACCCGAGAUUUACCUCUCCAGGUCCUACAGUCACGAUGAUAUCAAGGUGCUUCAGAGCUACGAGAUGCCCCUGCUCGAUCACAACACGAUUAUCGACUUGAUAGACCACGAUCUAUCAAUGGAGCCAUCGAGAAUGAGGUCCAACCAUCCUGAUGGCGAGUGGCAUGGGAGAGUCGUACGCCUGCUUGCGCAGAUGUUUGAAAAUGCAAAUUCCUCCUCCGCGUGUCGGAGACUGCGCUCUAUGCCUCUGUUGCCGCUGGAAGACGAAUCAUGGGUCUCGCAGAACGACGGGGGAUAUGUCUUCUUUGCAGAAACCGAAGGACUCAGGAUUCCGGAAGAUCUCGGGCUCAGCGUGAUUCGAACUUCGGGACGACUGAGACGAAUGAGACGAAUGAGUCGACAACGUGAAGAGCUACUCAAGCGCCUCGGCGUCCGCCGCGCCCCCGUCCACUUCGUGCGCCAGUCCAUUCUCCAGAGGCAUGGAGCCUAUCGGAAGAUGGACAAGGUAAACGCCUGUGUCUACCAAGUCUGUGACCAGCUGGUGUUUCUCUACUUGACGCAUCAUCUCGUCCUAGACCCGAUGCAGGAUCAUGCAUUUAUCAUGGUGAUAAACCGGCAAGGGUCUUUCUGCGCGCCUCAUCUCAGGGAUGUGUAUCUUCCCGACGAUGACAACCCAUUCGGCCCACACAAGUUUCUAAAGCGGACGGAUGGCGGAGACGCGUUCAGGGCAGAUGCACCUGGCAUGUCGAUAGAUUUCAUUCAUCCGGGCCAUCUUAUGCGCGUCCCAAAGAGGCCAUGUCCCACUUCGGAGACUUGGCAAGACUGGCUGUGCAGCUAUGCUGGAUUGCGGCGCCACCUGAGACUCGCGACGCCUGAUGCUCAGGACCUCUCCGAAGCGUGCUACUACGUCGCAAAGCACCACCCGGACAAUUUCCUUGGCUUUCUACGCCACCAUUGGCCCCUCGAAGGGAAGGCCAUAGAGGAUUCUCCCCCUUUGCAGGAGAAGCUGGGGAAUAUCAGGGUCCGGUGCAGGGAUGGUCAGAUGACACGCCUCUUGGACACUUAUCUUCCACUUCCAAAUCUUGAGGAGCAGUGUUACAGGUUUAUAAACGGAACAGAGAUAUUCCCGUUUAUAGAGCUGGGGAUCCGCUUGGAACAUGACUCAGUGGACUGGGGCUUCCUGAUGUGUCCGCUCGGAGUGGGUGUCGAGGAAGACCUCGAGUUCUACCUUGAAAUACUGCGUCAAAUCCGCAAGACAGAUGCCGAAGACAUUGGAUGUGGAUUGCGACUUGCCCAUCUGUACAAUGCCAUCUACGAAAAAUACAGCCAGUUGGCAUCAAAGCCGGGUGAUCGGGAGAAGCUACAGAAUUUCUUCAUGGACGAGUCGCCAAUAUUUGUGUCUCCCGACAAGAUUUGGCGUGCUAACUGGGCCACUCCCAACCAAUGCUUGUGGGAUGCGCCCGCUACCAUGAUGAUAACAUACUCCCUCCGGUCGCGCUUCGAGGAGGUGGUUGGUAGCACGUCAACCGAGGGGUCUAACAUCGAAAAGCUCUUUUCUGAGGUGCUUGACAUACCCAACUGUACUUGGCGCAACAUCGUGGACGAGUUGAGGUAUAUCAACGAAAAUGCAGCGGAGGACAACGCCGACAUUCUCGAAUUAUACCGCCACCUCAGCCGCAUGACCUCAACGAUGACGAGCUCGGAGAAGUGGGACCUCAAAACGACUUUCCAAAACGAAAAGCUCAUAUACGUGGAAGAGAAUGAAGUGGAGUUCGGCUGGUACGGAGUGUCGGAGUGCCUGUGGGCAAGUGGCACGGCGAUCCGGGGGAAACCAACCCUGGCCGAGCAUUACAAAAGUCUGCGAGAAUUCUUUGUCGGCUCUCUCGGGGUCGAAACCAUCAACCUCCGUGUGAUCUGCGACGAGCUCGUACGACUGGGUUCCUCACCAUCGCCAUCGGUCGACCAGGUGAAACAACAAAUCUGGGAUUUCAACUCCCUGAUGGCGACUUGGCCUUACAACCCAGACCCAGACCCGAAGCUACUGCUCAAGGCGCGCAUCUUCCCUGUUCGCCGCCCAAAUGGCGAAGUCGAGCUCUGGACAGCAGAUUCAGACUUCUCCAUCGCCGACACGGCGCCCCUACGAGACAUCUUCGCCGGGAGCGUCGACUUGCUCGACUUCACCGUUGACGAAGUCCGCCGACUUGGUCCGUUUUUCCAGUGGCUCUGGCUCUGGCCUGGAAGGUAUCUAUUGUUCCGGAUCAAGGAGAUUUCAACAGUCACAGGAGAGAGACGAGCCAUAUCGUCUCCUGGACGCAGAAUCGGCCCAAAGGCCCAUGCAUUAUACCGAAUCGCGCUCCACUUCAAAAGCCCAAGGGUGAAAUGGGGCGACGAUGUCUACAACAUGCUGAGAAACGCCCAAGUCUACGACUCCGAGGAAAUCAUCUCGGAAUUCUACCUGUUUCAAGACGGCCAGCAGCACCACCACGUCAACAACCAAGGCGACCUCCACAUCCAAGAGGUCGACUCCCGCCUGGAGAUCUUCGUCCCGCGCAGCAAGAAGAGGCAAGAGUUCUGCUACGCAACCAAACUCCCCUCCCGCCUCGCCGAGUGGAUGAUGACCGACGCUACCACCCAAGCCCCGUGGAUGGCCGACGAACAGGUCCUCCGCCUGAUCACCGCCGUCCUCAACUCGAGCCGAUCCGUGACAUCGAAGGUCCUCGCGGAGGCGGAGAUCGCUUCGAGCGACAUGUCCGACGCCUAUUUGGAAGACGACGACUACGACGACUCGGAGGACGAGGAUUACUCGGAGCGAGACGAUGACGACGACGAUGACUCGGACACUGAGAUGGGCGAUGACUUCGUCGAUGAGGAUCCCGCCCUAGGAGCAACCGAUGUCAUCCCGUUACUUAUCCGUCGUCCACGACCCCCGCGGCGGCGAGUCCCAGCGGAUGCAAUUCCUUCAUAA